GGCGCCCAUCUUUUUACUGUUGUCAAUGAAUCUCUUCCAUGUUCGAUUCUACUCUAUGUUAGAACAUUUCUGUGAAUGCUAUUCUGAUCUAAGUGGUCUUAUUCUUUGUCCCGUGCUAGGAAGCAUUACUCCUCUUUUCAUUCCAAAUUCAAGAAUACGACCGAUACGAUUAAUUGGUCUGUGCGCCUCUCUUAUUACUUUUUUGUAUCCCCCUGUUCUUCGGAUACAAUUCGAUCCUUCUACGGCCAAAUCUCAAUUUGUGGAAAGCCUUCGAUGGCUUCCUUAUGAAAACAUCAAUUUUUAUUUGGGUAUAGACGGUAUCUCUUUAUUCUUCGUGAUAUUGACCACAUUUCUGAUCCCUAUUUGCAUUUUAGUGGGUUGGUCUGGUAUGAGAAGUUAUGGGAAAGAGUAUAUUACAGCAUUUCUAAUUCGUGAAUUUAUAAUGAUCGCCGUGUUCUGCAUGCUGGAUCUUCUACUAUUCUAUGUUCUUCCCGAAAGUGUGCUAAUCCCUAUGUUCAUUAUUAUAGGGGUAUGGGGUUCGAGACAAAGAAAGAUCAAGGCAGCAUAUCAGUUGUUCCUUUAUACUUUACUUGGAUCUGUUUUUAUGCUAUUAGCUAUUCUGUUGAUUCUUCUCCAAACAGGAACAACCGAUUUACAAAUCUCAUUAACCACAGAAUUUAGUGAGCGGCGCCAAAUCUUUCUAUGGAUUGCUUCUUUCGCCUCUUUCGCCGUCAAAGUGCCUAUGGUACCAGUUCAUAUUUGGUUACCCGAAGCUCAUGUAGAGGCACCUACGGCAGGAUCCGUCAUCUUGGCAGGAAUUGCUUUAAAAUUGGGAACCUACGGGUUUUUAAGAUUUUCAAUACCCAUGUUUCCCGAAGCGACACUUUGUUCCACUCCUUUCAUUUAUACUUUAAGCGCGAUUGCUAUAAUAUAUACUUCCUCGACCACUUUAAGGCAGAUCGAUCUUAAGAAGAUCAUUGCUUACUCCUCAGUAGCUCAUAUGAAUCUGGUGACUAUUGGUAUGUUUAGUCCGAACAUACAGGGAAUUGGAGGUAGCAUUCUACCGAUGUCAAGUCAUGGACUGGUUUCUUCAGCCCUUUUUCUAUGUGUUGGUGUUCUAUAUGACCGACAUAAGACUCGACUUGUUAGAUAUUACGGAGGUUCAGUGAGCACCAUGCCGAAUCUCUCUACCAUUUUCUUCUCUUCCACUUUGGCCAAUAUGAGUUCACCUGGUACUAGCAGCUUUAUCGGGGAAUUUCUCAUCUUAGUAGGAGCUUUCCAAAGAAAUAGCUUAGUAGCCACAUUAGCAGCGCUUGGGAUGAUUUUAGGCGCGGCCUAUUCCCUUUGGCUAUAUAAUCGUGCGGUUUCUGGGAAUUUAAAACCCGAUUUCCUCCAUAAAUUCUCCGAUCCAAAUGGCAGAGAAGUUUCCAUAUUUAUACCUUUUCUUGUUGGAGGGGCGACCGUACGUUAAACUACCAAAGAAACUAGGGUAAACCAAUGUGAUCAUGACAUUGUAGGUGCUUGCGAUGGGACGGAUGCGACUUCCCUCAGUUGGUUUGGGUGGCAUAGCCCGUUGCAUAAGUCCCCCCCUUUUUUUAUCCAUUUCUUUAGUCUUUAGGGAGCCAAAGCUUGACUUUACUAAACUAAUAAAUAAGGCUCGCGCUAGGCGCUUACCUUUUGUGGCUGUAGGGUUGGGGUGGCUGGCUGGGUGAGACUGAUAGAAAAAAAGGACGGGGGGCAACCAUGCAUGGUCCUUCUCGACCCUGUCUCCGAGGGACAGUUGAACUAGCGACUCAUGAAUGCUGCCGGGUUGGACGAGCCAAUAACUCGAAGGCGUUCGGUCUGUUUUUUGAGCAAGAAUCCCAGCCUUCCCUUAUCUUCACCAUGAUACGGACUCCAAGUUCUUAUGGCAGAGCACGAGGAGAUUUAUCAUCAAUAUGAUGAUUGGAAUGGAAACCAGAAGCACGACUGGGGUCCUCGUGGUCCAAGAUAAUCAAACCAUCAAUAACAGUAACGUAAGCAUGAGACUUUUUGGUAGUACCGGUGAACCAGAUGGCCGCGGCGAUGGAAUCUGGGACGGAGGACUUGUAGUAUCUCUCUAGAUCUGGCAAAAGCGAAAGACCCCCUAACAUAAUUCGAAUGGAGGCUGACCGCUGAGCCCACUCUGGCCUCGCGGGGCGGGCCCCUGUGGUUGCGAGCUGGAGCUGCCAUAGCUUAUGGCUAUAGCAAUGGGAGGGCCCCAGCAGAGAGAAAAGUCAGGAUAACGAGCGCUCCGCCCGCCAAGCGGGCGGCGGGAGCAGCGGGCAAGUGCUUGGUAAGCCAACAGCCCAGUGAACCGGGCGGGGCACUCGAAGAAAGGGGGGCACACUGAGCAAGUACGAGAAAUUGGCCCCGCUCCGCUUUCUUAAAAGCAAGGACCACUACGGGAGGUCAAACCAAGGAUCUAUGGAAGUGGGGGCUCGUCCCCGGUCAAUAUUGGAUCAAACAAUAGGGGGCCGUAGCACUGACCUCUUUUUUUUAUUGAUUCAAUACAAUAGGGGAAAAGAUCGUACAGUUCCCUACCGAG